AAUUGGGUCAUACGAGUACUUUUUAUUCUAACAUAUCAUUAUAAUUUCAGAAAACAACUUUAAAAUGUCAGUAAGACAAGAACAAAAAGCGAAUAAUGUAUACCAGAAUACAAUAAACUAUAUCACUCGUUCACAGAACGAAAAUAGACAUAUGAAGUGUCCUUCAGCUUAUUAAAUUCUCUAGUAAUUCAUUUUAGACUUUUCACAAUAAAGUAUGUGACGUAAAGGGAUAGCUAACAAUAUACAUAUGGAGAGGGUGUGUUGUCAUGUGAAGUCUGAAGUAUAUCAUUAAAUGAAAUGGAUAAUUACUACCAACGCUUGCUAUUUAAUACGGCAUCAAUAUUAAUAUUCAUGAGUUUCUUUGCAAUAAUUUCGUGCAGCUCAAUAUCAUGCGAUUCCACAAACAGCCAAGUUAUUAUAAGAUUUCAACUCGUCAUCCCAAAGGAUUGGACAAGCACGGUUAGAAAUCAACUGAAGACAUCAGUGUCAAAGUUCACAAAUUUCUUCUGCAAGGAAAAUAUAACCGAAUGUGGGUUGAAAAGGCUGAGUUCAUUCAAUAGUGGAAACGUAUUCAUUGCAUCUGGAUACCCAAAAGAAGAUAUUAUACAUUCAUUGGUAUCAAUAUACGUUAAACUUCCGACAGGCGAACAAAAAAAUGAUAAAUGUAUAUUUCUAAGAAAAUCUGUCCUAGCAGAAAUCAUUUCAAUGAAUAAAGAGCAAUUGCAACUGGACUUAAAACAUGCCUCAACAAAAAAUGUACACAGCAGUUAUGGCUUCCGAGUAUCACAUGUCAACGGUGCCUCACAGAUAAAAAGCACCCGCGAUGGGGAUGACGCCAUUUUUAUACCACUGAUAUGCGCCUUUGUUUUUGUACUUGCGCUUAUUACAAUUCUUUUAGAGUGUAACAGCAAAAGGCAACAUACGCGACUUUUGAAUCGGGUUAUUCAAGAGAAGCAAGCUUCAAAAGCAUCCCAAUCAAGAGAUGGUUCUUUUGCUAUAGUAGCGGUAGAUCUUAAUAAUAAGACUGCUUCAGUGUCAGUAACUUCAAACUAACAAAGCGCGGGAAAAUAACCAACACCGAAGUGCCUUCGCAAGGAUAGAUAUAUUCUGAACUUUAUUGAAAUUGUUUCUUUCGUUUAUUAACACUAUUAUUCACAUGUUUGGUAUCAUAUUAAUUAUCUAUAUUAUCACAUAUUAUAUUAAUUCCCUGCCAGGAGUUAUUCAAGACAGCGUUUUAAUCUGAUACAUAUGCUCUGGAGAGCAAAUAAAAUGUAAAAGAAGAUACCCCACAGCACAAUAUUUGGCAGUUUUAUCAUCGUAAAAAUUUUGUUGUGUAGUUAUUUACCAAUGAUUGCUUGUUAACUUGACCAAAAGUCUGCAUUUAAAGUCAUGUUUAUCUCUUUGGCAAUACUUUAUGCAUAACUAAUCGUAUUGUUUAUUGAAAUAUAGAAAUACUUCAGCACAUAAUAUACGAACUGGUAAUAUGUUUUGCAUGUUCAUGGUUGAGUACUUUUCAACAGUCACGUGGCAAAAUUUUCACAAAAUAUUUAUAUUGAUUAAUCACUACUAUUCUGUAUACACUACAAACGCAUUACAUGUGCAACGUAUUUUGCUUCACGAGUAUAUAUAUAUAUAUAUAUAAAGACCUGCGUUCAUAUUUUGCCAGACUGCAUCAUAGAAAUAGCUUUCAGGUAUUAUUUUGUUGAAAUGGACAAUCAGUCAUUGAUUUUUCAAUCAAUGCACGACUUCCACGUUAUUUUUUUAAGCGGUUUAGGUUUUAUUAUUCAUAUUGGAUUCUUAUUGUUUGAAGCUUACAUAUUCGACGACGACAAUUUCAAGUACCUGAAAAUACGUGUUUGAGUAUUGCUACAAUUACAACGCAUUUAGGUGAUGAAAUAUAUUCCCUGGACGAGUGUCAGUCUUCCGACGAAACAACAAACUCACAAAAAUGUGGCGUCAAUGUUGUCUACCAGAGAUUCAACGAUUGUUCUGUUAUCCUGAUAAGCAAACCAUGCAUGGAAACUAAACUGUGACUUAUGAAUGGAAAAUAAGUCAUUAUGUUGACCAACCUGGUGAAGAUCCGCUGGUGAAGACAGAGGACUUUUUAUGAGUUGCCUUCUAAUGUUUAAUAUAUUUGCCAUUCGUUUCCAGGUAUUUUCAUUUCUCAGUGAAAGCAUGAGUCACAGCCAUAAGCACUCACUCAAAACUAUAGAAUGAGCCCAUGUGUGAAAUUGUAGAUAUAUUCUAAUAUCUAUGUCAUAAGUCAAUCUACAUGAAGGUUCAUUUCGUAAAUUUGCUGGCGGAUUGUUGGAUUAGGAAGUGGGAUAUCUGGGAUGGACAAGAAUAAAACUUAUCAGAACUUCUUCGUGUUACAUUUAAAACAUUAUCCGUACAUCUAGUGAGAUGACUGUUAGUUUUGAUACGUGUUUUUGUUACUGAUAAAAUUCAAACAGGCAGUUGCAAAUUUGGCUUGCGUGUCCAUAUUGGCAUCUUGACAUUAGUCUGAAGUUAGUAGUAGUGUGAAGACAUAUUCCAAUAAUAAAAAUAUGAUAAGAAAUGGACAAUUCGGUACAUGUAUCGCGAUAUUUAAUGAGUCAUUUGUCAGAUU